AUCUCUUCCUUCUCUGUUGGUAUCUCUUCCUUCUCUGUUGGUCUCUACUCACCUGUUGGUCUUUUUUUUUCUAAAACUAUUCUUUCUCCAGCGCUUUACUUUCUACAGUUAUUACUUUACAGCUUUUGUAUGAAAACUUUUGUUUCUCCAUUGCAUUAUCUUCUAGAAUGUUUGUUUGUGCAAUCCCUUUAUAUUGUAGAACUUCUGCGUCGGCAUUUUUAAAUGUGGAGGUAAGCCGCCUAGCAGAAAUCUGUAUUACAUAAUAGUAAUCGUAAUAAUGACAAUAAUAAUAUUCAUUUUGAGUACAACAUUUUUCAACCUGAAUUAAAACAAGAAUCUUCCAAGUGCUUUAAAAAACAAAACUGUAGACUGUAGAGUUUUGGCCGUGGGAGGUGUAUGGUCUUCCACAGUUGACUUGUGGAAGUUGUCUGGAUCGUAAACUGUUUAUAGCGUAGCAUUCACUUGGGUGGUGCUUUGGUGGCUGUAAGCUAUGUUUAGGGCCUGAAAGACCACCACACCUUCAGUAGUAGAUGAUACAGUCAACCCAGUUACAUCCUUUCAGACCUCUGCCUCCACAGUCCAGAAACCAAGGCAGGUGAAAUAACAAGUAUUCCAGAAAACAACCAAACCAAUAAGCAUGGACAGUGUGACGCAAUCAAGUCAGCAUGGAAGAAAAUCCUUAAGGAAUGUUUCCAGUUGCAAAGUAUUCAGGGUGAUCAGGACACUAAAGCAGGUCUUACCAAAUACUGGAUGUCUGGGUCACAGAACCACGUCUGGGUCACAGAACCACAUGUCUGGGUCACAGAACCACGUCUGGGUCACAGAACCACAUGUCUGGGUCACAGCACCACAUGUCUGGGUCACAGAACCACGUCUGGGUCACAGAACCACAUGUCUGGGUCACAGCACCACAUGUCUGGGUCACAGAACCACGUCUGGGUCACAGAACCACAUGUCUGGGUCACAGAACCACGUCUGGGUCACAGGACCAUAUGUCUGGGUCACAGAACCACAUGUCUGGGUCACAGAACCACAUGUCUGGGUCACAGGACCACGUCUGGGUCACAGGACCAUAUGUCUGGGUCACAGAACCACGUCUGGGUCACAGAACCACAUGUCUGGGUCACAGAACCACAUCUGGGUCACAGGACCAUUGUCUGGGUCACAGAACCACAUGUCUGGGUCACAGAACCACAUCUUGGUGACAGGACCACAUGUCUGGGUCACAGCACCACAUGUCUGGGUCACAGAACCACGUCUGGGUCACAGAACCACAUGUCUGGGUCACAGAACCACGUCUGGGUCACAGGACCAUAUGUCUGGGUCACAGAACCACAUGUCUGGGUCACAGAACCACAUGUCUGGGUCACAGGACCACAUGUCUGGGUCACAGGACCAUAUGUCUGGGUCACAGAACCACGUCUGGGUCACAGAACCACAUGUCUGGGUCACAGAACCACAUCUGGGUCACAGGACCAUUGUCUGGGUCACAGAACCACAUGUCUGGGUCACAGAACCACAUCUUGGUGACAGGACCAUAUGUCUGGGUCACAGAACCACAUCUUUGGGUCACAGGACCACAUGUCUGGGUCACAGAACCACGUCUGGGUCACAGGACCAUAUGUCUGGGUCACAGAACCACAUCUGGGUGACAGGAUCAUAUGUCUGGGUCACAGAACCACAUGUCUGGGUCAUGGAACCACGUCUGGGUCACAGGACCACAUGUCUGGGUCACAGAACCACAUCUGGGUGACAGGACCAUAUGUCUGGGUCACAGAACCACAUGUCUGGGUCACGGAACCACGUCUGGGUCACAGGACCAUAUGUCUGGGUCACAGAACCACAUGUCUGGGUCACAGAACCACAUGUCUGGGUCACAGAACCACAUCUGGGUCACAGGACCAUUGUCUGUGUCACAGAACCACAUGUCUAGGUCACAGAACCACAUCUUGGUGACAGGACCAUAUGUCUGGGUCACAGAACCACAUCUUUGGGUCACAGGACCACAUGUCUGGGUCACAGAACCACGUCUGGGUCACAGGACCAUAUGUCUGGGUCACAGGACCACAUGUCUGGGUCACAGGACCACAUGUCUGUUCGGGUCUAGGGACAAUGUAAUUUAUAGUCAUAUGUGAUUGUUAAACUGUGGAUGUGCCAUGUCCAUUCAGGACUUGUGGAACACUUCACUUAAAGACUGCAGAUAUAAUACUUUAUGAUGCGGUUAUAAUGCUUCCUGAGAUAAGCAUAUAAGCAUGAAUGAGCUCAUUAUAAUGUCUUAUACCUGCUAUGUUUGUAUAUAAAUAUACAUAAAAACAUAUAUAAUUCAAAAAUACUUGCAGUAACCACACUUUAGGAUGUUGUUGUGUCUGUACAAACAUCAGCCUCGUUCAUCUCUGAACGGCUAUUUUACGCUGAAGACAGAUUAGCCU